UGAUCGCGUCGCUUUAGUGAACCACUUUAUUUACACAGUGGGUGAUUAACGGUGCCCGAUGGGUUUAUUGUGGUGCGGAGAGCUGGGUUUAAUCUGCUGCACCUUGUCGCUCCGGUAAGAAUAGACACGGAAGUGACAGCUGCGCAAUGAGGAGGAAAGAAUCAGUUCAUCUGCCGAUUUUAGAUGUAAAAUCACAGCAGCUUUCAUCUAUAAUUGUGAGAAUCUUUUGUGUAACAUGCAGGCCGCUUACAGACAGGCCUGUAUGUUCCCGCUGAACAGGUGCUGCAGAACAGUUCUGGUUCAAGCUGCAGGCCUCACUUAACGUGACUUUUUACAGCAGCUGAAAGAAAGAAUCCACUGAGGAUUUCACAAAGUGUUCAACAUAUUGUAUGGGCAGCAUUGUCAGUCACCUGACAGGGAGGUGGUUUGUUGUUUUUACAAUGUUGUUUAGGGUUAAAGUCCUGUGAAUGAUACCACUAGCAUUGUUACUGCAGGGAUCAGUUUUUUUUUUGUCCUUCCCCCAUUAUUGAAGAAAAACCAGACCCAUUCAGAGCUCUGGUGUGAUUUUGACAGAGGGACAUUCCUGCAGAGUCUCCACAGGCGUGAGGGGCCUCCGUUUGGGGACUGGCCUCUUUUAACAAUACCCCCCUCUCCCCCACUUUUUUAUUUUUUUAUUUUAUCACAAGCAUGGCCUCUUUUGGCUCCUAACACAUCCUUCACUUCAAUCAUUUUUUCCUCUUCCUGGGUCUUGCUGAACUAUUCAUGACACCUGAACAUUUUCAUAUUUGGUAAGGUUACAAAACUUAAUGUAUUGUACUUAGAUUUUAUGUAGUGAAUCAUUAUGGAGUGGAAGUAAACAUGGUGUCCAAAAGUGUUACAUGUAUUUUAAUGCAAUCUCAAAUGUUUUGGAGCCUCUACUUGUUUCCCGUGUUUAGCUCCUUUUCCCCGUCAACUCUGAAAGAAACCAUCCCCACAGCAUGAUGCUGCCACCACCAUGUUUUAUGACGGGGAUGUUGUAUUCAGGCUGAUGUGCAGUAUUAGCUUACUGCCAAAGAGCCAAAAAGUCUAGUUUUUGUCUUGUGUGAACAGAGCUACAUCUUCCACAUGACUGCUCUGUUUCCUGAUCCUCUUUCAUUUAAACAUUAUAUAUUAUUUUUUUGGUUGGUUUAUCACUUAAAAUCUCAAUAAAAUUCACUCUUUGUCAGUGAUUUGAUGUGAAUACUUGCGUAAAGAACCUCCCAACAGGUAUUUUUUGCACAGACUCUGCUCAUCAGGAUUCAUGUCAGGUAGAGCAGAGAUGCGCUAUUGUUCAAGUUUCUCUUAGCACAGGUCCAGAAAGCAACACAGCCAAAUCUUUGCAUUGAUUAUGUUAGGCUUUUGUAACUUGUGGGGAAACUUUAGUGUGAAAGAAGAUCUUUCAAGUUAAAAUAGUGAAUAUAUUUGGUCAUUUGAUUAAUUUCCAGCUCUAAAUCAAUGCUUAACCAUUUCUCUCUGUUCCCUUCCUUCCCAGUCCCUUUCAGCCUGUCCAUAAAGAAAAGUAUGUAUCCGGUUGGUGGGAUAUCUGCAAGCAUAUACGCCAACAGGCUCCGGUCAGAGGGCAUGGGUUCCAAUGAGCAGGCCGUGCACUUUGCCAGCCAGGACUACGAGGCUCUGAAGCAGGAGUGUGUGGAGGCGGGCUGCCUGUUUGAGGACCCCUGCUUCCCCGCUGAGCCCCCAUCUCUGGGCUUCAAAGAGCUUGCACCCAAUUCAUCUAAAACCAGAGAUGUGGAGUGGAUGAGACCCACGGAGCUGACAGGUGACCCUCAGUUUAUUGUGGGCGGAGCCACCAGAACAGACAUCUGUCAGGGUGCUCUUGGCGACUGCUGGCUCUUAGCGGCCAUUGCCUCUCUGACCCUGAAUGAGAGGCUCCUUCAUCGGGUUGUUCCACACGGCCAGUCCUUCCAAGACGACUACGCUGGAAUCUUCCACUUCCAGUUCUGGCAGUUCGGCGAGUGGGUAGACAUUGUGAUUGACGAUCGAUUGCCUGUCAAAGACGGAGAGCUCAUGUUUGUCCAUUCAGCUGAGGGCAAUGAAUUUUGGAGUGCACUCCUAGAGAAAGCUUAUGCCAAGCUAAAUGGCUCUUAUGAGGCUCUCUCUGGAGGAAGCACCACCGAGGGCUUUGAGGACUUCACAGGGGGGGUGUCUGAGAUGUACGAGCUGCGUAAGGCUCCCAAAGAUCUCUACAGGAUAAUCGGUAAAGCCUUGGAGAGGGGCUCCCUGCUGGGCUGCUCUAUUGACAUAACCAGUGCCUUCGACAUGGAGGCUGUGACCUUCAAGAAGCUUGUGAAGGGCCACGCCUACUCCGUCACCGCAUUGAAGGAGGUCGAUUACGCUGGCAACACGGUGCGCCUUAUCCGAAUACGUAACCCCUGGGGCCAGGUGGAGUGGACUGGAGCCUGGAGUGACAAUUCCAGUGAAUGGGAUGAAAUCGACCCAUCUGAAAGGGAAGACCUGCAUCUUAGCAUGGAAGAUGGAGAGUUUUGGAUGUCCUUCAGUGAUUUUUUGAGGCAGUUUUCCCGGCUGGAAAUCUGCAACUUGACUCCAGACGUCCUGAGUGAGGACAGCCUCAGUCACUGGAACACCAUGAAGUUCUACGGCACUUGGAGGAGAGGCAGCACUGCCGGGGGCUGCAGGAACCAUCCCAACACAUUUUGGAUAAAUCCUCAGUAUAAGAUCACGUUGCUGGAGGAGGAUGAUGACCCAGAGGAUGAUGAAGUUGCGUGCAGUUUCCUUGUAGCCCUCAUGCAGAAGGACCGGCGCAGAUACCGACGCCAUGGUCAGGACAUGCACACCAUCGGCUUUGCUGUCUAUGAGAUUCCAGAGGAGUACAGAGGCUGCCAGAAUGUCCAUUUGAAGAAAAAUUUCUUCUUGAGUAAUUCAUCGUGCGCUCGAUCUGAGACCUUCAUCAACCUCCGUGAGGUGAGCACUCGGCUGCGGCUGCCACCCGGGGAGUACCUCAUCGUGCCCUCCACUUUCGAGCCUGGCAAAGAGGCCGACUUUGUCCUCAGAGUUUUCACCGAAAAGCAAUCAGAGACAGAGGAACUGGAUGAUGAAAUAUCUGCUGAUUUUGGAGAAGAGGAGGAAACAACGGAAGAUGAUAUUGAUGAUUCGUUUAAGUCCAUGUUUGCCCAGCUAGCAGGAGAGGACAUGGAAAUCUCUAUUCGUGAGCUCAGGACAAUUCUCAACAGAGUGGUCACCCGACACAAAGAUCUAAAGACUGACGGCUUCAGCAUAGAGUCAUGCAGAACCAUGGUCAACCUGAUGGAUAAAGAUGGCAGCGCUCGCCUGGGACUGGUAGAAUUUCAGAUCCUGUGGAACAAAAUCCGGAAGUGGCUGGUCACUUUCAGAGAGUUUGAUCUUGACAAGUCAGGAGCCAUGAGCUCAUACGAGAUGCGACUCGCUGUGGAAGCAGCAGGCUUUAAACUGAAUAAUCGGUUGCACCAGAUUCUGGUGGCGCGGUAUGCAGAGAAUGAACUGAUUGACUUUGAUAACUUCAUCUGCUGCUUGGUCAAGCUUGAAGCCAUGUUCAGAUCUUUCCAGCAGCUGGACAAGGAGGGAUCAGGAGUUGCUGAGAUAAAUCUCACAGAGUGGCUUUAUCUGACCAUGUGUGGAUGAGGAGCCCUAUAGUUUCAAGAGAAGCUGCAAAAAUAUAGUGCCUGCUGUUCUGAGAACCCCUCAGGCUGUGAAACACCCCACCUCAGUGCAGACACAACCUAACAUAGGAGCUUUAUAGGAAAGUGCAGGUGCAUUAAAGCCACAUGUGUCCUAAUUAUAUUUUUGAAGAUAUGCAAUACCACAGCGAGAAAAAAAAAAAAGUCAUGUAAAUCAGUCAUCUCCAGUCCUAGAAAUGGCAGCAUGUGCCUUUGCAUGAUACACCAGCUGGAAUCUGCAUCAUAAUUUGAUAUUUUUAUUUACUAAGUUUAUUUUAAUAUUAUUACUGUCAAGUUAUGUCCUAAUUUUGUCAUUUAUUACUUACUAAAAGCUGCCCCACCAUAUUUUUCCUGUCAAUAUAAUUUUUAUUUAUUUUUAAAUCAAAAAUAAUCACCUCAGAAUUUCAUCUGUAGCUCCUAACUCCCACCUCCAGGUGGCAGUAGAGUCCUAGCUGGUGCCAACUUUUCACUUUUAUGUUAAGCUAGUUCAGUAUUGAAGUUGAAGAAACUUGUUUUGCACUGAAAUUUCAGCUGAAGGAAGCCACCAGUGAUGUUGUCUCACACUAAUCACAUUUACUGUAUGUGACAUUAACAUUUUUUAUGUAAGUGUUGCCUUGUUAACAGCAAUUUUAUGUGCCAUUUUGUCAUGUUUUGUGAAUGUAUGUUGUGCCUUCAAUAAAUAUUUACCCCAAAAUGG